UCUCCUUAUUAGCAUGCAAGUCUACUACGAUGACAGUACUACAGUGUAACAGUGGAUAAGGAUUUACUUUCUGAAGAGUUAUUUUUUUGUAUCUGGAUUUAUAACAUAUGCGAUUGGAACAUAACAGUCUAAAAAUGACGUAGCGGAUGGAAUUUGGAUUGUAAUAGAUAAUUUGUGAAAGCAUGUUAUAUUUCGAUCACCGUCAUGUUUUGAUGAAAAGGUCGGAAAGGCCAUUUCCAACAUGGCGACCCUGAAUUACAAUAAUAUCGGGGUAUUUAUGCAACUUUUAAGAUUAUUAUGUGUAGUGUUGUUAAUUCGUUUAAGUUGUGCAAGUAAUGCAAAAAGGGUACGAGAUGUUACUGAUCGAACUCAGGAAAAAUUAAGUUUGCACAAUAUCGGCGAACAAGAUGAAAAGUUAGCCAAACUAUUUGACGACGAAUAUUUCACAGACACGCGACAAGAAAAUGUCUCCCCAAAAAUUCUGGGUGGCAUUGAUAUCGCCAACGAGGCAGUUAAAAUAUCAAUGCAGUUACGAUGGAUCACGAACCAAGAAAUCGGUGUGACUGAUAUGCAGGCCAUCUAUGACAACCUGAAGUACGAAGAUGAGCAGGCCAAUCCUCAGAAGAAGCUGGACUAUGUCACAGACCGGCUGGCAGCGCGGUUCAAGAACUAUCUACAGGUUCUCAACACCAAUAAGAUCACAGCACAGAACCUGUACAUGUUCCAUGUGAAACAGCCAAUCACAAAGAAGAUCAGCUGCUGUCAUCUUCCUCCGAUGGAAUUCAGUGAGCAAAGUCAGUAUGGCUGUAAGAUCUCAAAACGUACUAGCUGUGAUUUAUACCCAGAAAACCUGCCAAGAGGGGCAUUUAACCCGGGACGAAAUCUCACAGAAGUAUGGAAGAGCAAUAUGCAGUACUUUGACAGCUUAAAGUGGCAGUACUUCAUAUCUGUCGAUGGUAUCCAUACUGAGUACCCAGCCAACGCCUUCCACGGUGAACACAGGUGUACCAAUGUGCACGACUACAGACACAGGACGGUGUUUGUGUCAACAGUACAGCCACAGCCCAAACACAUUGUCAUAGUGAUGGACCAUGGAAAUUCCCUGAGUGCCAACCAGCUGAGGACCGCCAAGGGCAUCGCCAAACACCUGCUACACUCGCUAUCAGAGAAGGACCGGGUUGGGGUAGUAGGCCUGGCGUCACGCCCCACGUUCUCCAGGGCGCCGUCGGACGAUACCUGUAUCCACUCCUCCAUGGUACCCGUCACGUUUGAGGCCACGCUCUACUUCAGCAAGUUUAUAGACAACCUGGAAAAAGAGGAUGCAUCCACCAACCAUUCUCUGGGGUUCCAAGUUGCUUUCAACAUCAUAGAGAACAUGGUCAAAAAGACGAAAGGGGCAAAAAUAGAACAAGCCAUGAUAAUCUACAUCAGUCGCGGCCUACUGUCCUCACUGACAGAGGCCAAGGAUGUGAUGGACAUUAUCUCCCGACGUAACGGUGGUCUGGGACAUCGCGUCAUCAUCAACACUUAUGCAGUCAUUGAUGAUGGAAAGCCCAUUAUGUAUGAGAAGAGUUUUCUUCAGGACAUAGCAGACCAGAACUUCAAGAAAUAUAAUGUCCGAAUUAGAAGUCCUAACCAAGUUGUGCCUGGUGUUAUGAUGGCCAUCAAUUCCACCAAGGACCUGAGCAGUUCUGUGGGGCGUUUCUACCUUCCCUUUAAUCGUACCACCAACCGUCAAGUGCGAUACUCCUUACCGUACAUAGACAAGGCAGAUUCAGCAUUGACACUAACAAUCAGCCAGACGUGUUUCCAUCACGUCCAGGUGAAUGGAGUGACGGAUGACGACAAGGUGAAUGGAGUGACAGAUGAAGACCAGGUGAUUGGAGUGACGGGUGUGGACCUCCACAUGGAGGACAUUGUACAAGACAUGACGUACUUGGACGGUGACCAGGCCUACCUGUUCCUCAUCAACACAGAAGGUUACACCUUGAUGCACCCGUCCUUCAGUCGCCCCAUCAAGACACAUCUACAGCCCAUGCACACAGACAUCUGGCACUUUGAAAAUAUGGACGGAUUUGUCAAGAUUCGAAGCGACAUGUUAAAUAAAGAGCGGGGGGAGGAAGUAUUGAUGGUUCAGAAGAAGGUUCCGUCAACCAACUCAUCUGAUCCUGUGGUUGCAGUUCCUGAAUUUUACGCCAGAUAUAUCUGGAGAAGGGUUGAAGAUACACCUUUCAUUUUGGCUUUGAAAACUGUGUCUGAGAGGAAAAACAACAAGAAACUUGUAAACAUACCAGUGUCCAAGGAACCUGAGCUUGUGUACCACAGACUGGACCUUGUACCCAAGAACAGGAUGUGUCUUCAUCUCAAACAGCUAGCUACACCAGAUGUGAGCAGUGUGUUCCUGUCUGCCACUAGUUUCUCUGAGCCGUAUGCGUAUCUCAGCAAGGAGGAGACAAAAAGGAUGGUCCAGAGUUACCUACUGUAUCUGUCCGACAGUCUCGAGCUCCUAACUAAUCCUGGCCUCAAUGAUGACGUGAGAGAUGACGUGACUGCCACAGGAAGAAUUAAUGCCGAGUGGCUGAGGAGAUCUCUGUCCAGUAACCUCAACGACUACAUCAUUCGGAGGUACAUUGCCACACCGAGUGGGGUGUUCCGUAUGCUGCCGGGUACCCUGAUGGAGAAAACCUUUGAUCCCACCAAACGGUCCUGGUACCAGCGGGCCAUGCAGUACCCCGACCAGGUGACCCUUACCUCACCUUAUUUGGAUGUGGGCGGGGCUGGCUACAUCACUACAAUCAGCCACACAGUAUUUGAGGGAAAACGUGCAUCACACAACCCCACAGAUCCAAUUGUUGGGGUGAUGGGGAUGGACAUUACUCUGGGAUACUUCUACAAACUACUGGUGGAGAACAUCCCCAUGUGUCGCCAUCCAACAGUCAAGUGUUUUGUUAUGGACGACACUGGGUACCUGAUCGCCCAUCCGGCAUUGAUCGAGCCAAAUGGUAAAGGUCCAGUGGAGCAGCAGCACAUCACUCACCAGGAACCCUUGGUGGCCAACGACAUCCUAAACCAUGAACACUUUGUGAGGAAGGAACUUUGUAACCGAUACAAUGACCGGACAGUCCAAAGGUUCUACAAGUUCAACACCAGUCUUGAGGGUGUGCUUACAAACCGAGUUCACGGAGAGCACUGCGCUCGUUAUCAGAUAACGCACAUUCCUGGUACCAAUGCCUUCAUUGCCAUAGUGAACCACACCUGUGACACGGCCACUGCCUUCUGUCCUUGUAGCAUGUUUGACCGGCUAUGCUUAAACUGCAACAGGAUGGAACAGAUCGAGUGUGAGUGUCCGUGUGAAUGCCCACUGGCAAUGAACUUCUGUACUGGUGCCUUACUCAAGGAAGAGGACAUGAACCCAAGCUGUCCCCGGUAUCCAGAGCCCGAGAUGUUGUUUCCACUGGAUGUCGAACUAAUGGAAAACCUGGAGCCCUGCCACAGGCCCUUGUGUACAGAACGCCCCAGUAAAAUGACGUGUAUUGGAGUGAUGGGAUGUCAGUGGUGCCAGGUGGCCGAGGAUGGGUUAACUCCCCUGAAGGAAUCCUACUGUGCUGACCAGCGUGUGUGUUUUGGUGGCAUUGAGGGUGCUCAGACACCUUAUGGUGACCAGAUAAAAGCGCUGCUUUAUACAGAGCCCCCUCAUCCAGUGAAGAGUGCUCCGGUGGGGCCAGUGGCGGGGGGUAUUAUGGGAUGUUUUCUGGUGCUGGCUCUGGGUGUGUACUGCUACCGACACCACAUUCACCGUGAUUCCCACCAGUACAUCACCAGUCUCCCCGACAACCCCAAUCGCAUGUCCCAGUACUACGAGGCGGAGGAGGUGGAGCCUACGGACGACCCAGGCUCAGGUCAUACAAAUUUUGUGUUAGCAACAUUUGAUAACGCUGCCAGUGUGUCACCGUACCGUGUGAAUACAUCAUAUCGCCGCCCUGCUGGUGGGGACAGUGACCAUGGUUACAGUACCAUGACCCCACACGAGGACAGUGAACAUGCCAGUCUUCCCUGCCUGGAACCUCUUAUCAUUGGCAAGGACCGCUAUAGGCCUGGACCUUAUUCAGUUGUGGCCAAAAACCCCAUAUUACCCCCUCCCCCAAGUAACUAUAGGCGGAGUCGCAGCCCGACUCCGCCCCUUACGAGACUGUCGGGCUGCCACCAGUCCAUACCUGAGCAAACAUGCAUACCACAGACCAUUAUAAAUACUCCCAUACCGGAGCUACCCAACAAUGUCAUAGCCAAUGUUCAAGUUCAUAUGGUGGACACACACUGAAAAUCAGUCUCAUUAAAUAUGUAAUUUCAUUAUUUAAAUUAAUUUAUCAAGGCCAGCAAAAGUACUAUAAAUCGUUGUGUUUCGUAAUGUGAUGAAAAUCUCCAUGUGCCCGUAUUCCUGUGGAAAUGUUUCACAAAAACAGUGUCGGGGAGACAGUGUCAGGAAAUGAUACAUUUUGAUAGAAUCUCAUGAGUUGUGGAAAGGCUGCCUGGAUCAUGUGGAUUAGCUGUGGGAAUCGGCUAGGUGGAUUGUGUUAAAGAGUAAAUGUAUAAUGUGAUUACCCUCCUGGCCCCGACAUUCAAUGGUUCUGACAACAGAUGUGAUGACAGCCUGAACCAGAUUACAUAAACUGAAGUUAAAUAGUGUCAGGGGAGGUAACCCUUAGCCAUUUAGCCCUGUGUUUGGGAUGUAUGACAAUUGCCAGAUACAUAAGGUUUCACAGGAUAAAAUGGCAGGAAUUCGCUGGAAGGGCACAUAAUGAUCUGAGAAACUUUUCUUGAAGGCUUCAGGAAAGACUUUGAAGGCCUAAAGUAGGUUUUCCAGAACAAAUGGAGUUGUGGCUAAGCUCGAUGAUUGGGGUUAACCGAUCACUUUUCAGCUUCUGUACUCCAACCACUGUUGAUAGGGUUCCAUGUGUUGAUUUUAAUCAAAGACUUCCACAAACAAAACUGUUUAUGAUUUUGUGAUGAUGUGUUCCAGGGCUCAUAACUGUUGACAUUCAGGUUGUAAAUUUGUAAAACCUUCAAUUGGACCAAAAGUCUUGAUUACAAAUUUUAUGGCUUAGCAGCAAAGGACAAUUGAAAUGUCUUCUGUCUCUGGGACAAAGUUCAUUUGAAAAGGAUCUCAGGAAAACUUUUAAAAUUGUUAUCUGGGCAUAUUGGUUUGUACACGAUAUAUUGUUGAAUGAAAUGGCAGAAAAAUCUUAAUUGUUCUUACAGCAAAAAAUAUGUAAGUAGUUUAUAUAAUCUUCCUCUGAAUACUGAAAACUAACAGAUAUCAACCAUUUCCUUGCAAAAUCUUCCAAAAUAUGCAUGGAAUUGUCUUACGAGGGGGUCGUUAUUCGUUGAUUUUGCAUGUUUAUUUAUCAUGAUGUGUGCAGUAUCCUGUAUAAUCAGGUCAUGUUCUUCUGUAGCAGAUGGACAGUUGACUUGACAAAACAGGUCAUUUUAUAUUUACCAAAGGUUGACAAGUAAGUUUUAGUAAUGUCAUGUCAGUAUGGAAUAGCGUUACAUAGAUGGCAUGCCACCUUUUGUGUGGAGUGUAAAGGUUGUCUCCCCUGAUCACAUUUAAUUCAGAUAUAAGAUUUUAAAACCAGGUUUAUGCUAUUGUACCUCUGUUUACAUUUACAAUGGGGACAAGUUAAAUUAAUAUUCAUAAAUGGUGAUUGAAGGGACAGGGGAUUUACAGUAGUUUACAAACUAAUGAACAUGAUUCUAUUCUACAUAUUUGUAUCUUCAUCAGCCAGAUAGGAUUUUAAGAUGAAAAUGAUUUUUACUUUAAUUUUAAAAUUUAUAAAAUAGUGCUAUUUUAAGUAUACAAAUCUAUAAGUAUUCUUUUUAAACAAAAGAUAUGCUAAUUUUAAAAAAUCCAUGUAAAAUGUUUUAUUUUAUUGAUUGAAGGUGUUUUUCAUGAGCUGAUGAAGCAACAGACUUCAUAUCUUUUCUUCCCCUAACAAAUCUACAUGGGUCAUGUAUUUAAAUCAACUUGCAAGAGUUUAUUUUAGGAAAGGUUGGGAUCCUGUGUAAAAGGAUAUGCGAUAUGUAAAUAAAUAGGGAAAGGCAGUCAAAUUUAACAGUUGCUUCCCCUUCGUUUUGUAUCACUAUGUAAGGAUGAAACUGCUGAAUAUUUAUGCAAGUUGCUGGCGACAUGAUCUUAUGUCUCCCUGCUCCACCUAUGUAUGCAAAUCUCUUUCUUUGUGCAAUUGUUUGGUUUCACGUUGAAUAAUUCAUUAACAUGUAAUUUGUGCCUGAACUUGUGUUACCUACCUUGUGUGAAUUGCCAAGUGUAGCGAGGUCGAGAAGACAGCUAUUGUGAAAUUGUGGCUUUAUGUUGAUGAGUUUUAGGGAAAGAAAGAGACGAACUUAUAAUCUAUCAACUGCCAAAUCAAAACGUACCUUUAAACCAAAUAUUUUAUUGGUGGUUUUUUUUCAUUCCAUACUUUUGCAUCUUGAUAAAUUUUUGUAUUGAAGAUAACUAGACUGGUAUCCUUUGGAAUUACAAAUGUAUAACGACACAAUUUUGGGAGUCGACAAUUCUUAUGUAAAAUAAUCCUGCAAACAUUUCUCACAUGCACUAAUAAUGAAAGUGGAUUGUUUAUUUUUUCUCUGUCAAAUAUGUUAAAACAAGAUGUUGGCAUAUGCCUAAUUGAUGGUAAAAGGCAGUUGUAAGGUACGGCUGGAUAACUUCGAUAUAAAGACAGUUAUCUCCUCGGUGGGUUAUCAUGUCUGUCUGUCACAUAACUAGAAUUAUGAUAUAGGUCAAGUGAUGAAUGGAUUUUUAAAGUUCCAAAGAUAGUUGUUUGAAUUUUUUUAAUUUUAUACUUGCAGAUAUUUACUUUCUAGUUUUAUAUGUUUUAGACAUUUUAUGAAUAAUCGGUGGACAUCAACAUUUUAUUCGAUACAGUCUAUAUUACAGUUGAUGUAUUAUGGUAACUUGUCUUUGAAAAAUUGAUCAGUUUUAAAAAAUGAAUUAAUUUAAAAAAAAUCUUUUUUUUAGUCUACCUGAAACUGUUUAAAAGUUUUACUACUUAAGUUCACAUACAGAUAUUCAAUGUAAUAUGUUUUAAUCGAUUUCAGGUUAUCAAAAAUAUUAUGUACAAUGUUAUCAAUCUAAGCUAUGAUUGAUCACAUGUAAGGUGUAACUCAGGUGUAAACCUCCACUUUAAUCACACUUUUGGUCUAAAGUUAGUAAGUUCUUGCAUAUCUACUGCAUGUGAGUACAGAGGUUUACAUUGCGUAGAAGAUAUUUUUAAACAACCUGUUAAAUUUCUAAAGUGCUGGUCUCUAGCUACUUAUCGAAUUGGAUGUGAAAUAAUUUUUUACAGAAUAACAAGUGUAUGAUAUGUUGUUUUCUCAGAAGCAACAAAUGUAGGUCCACUUGAGCGCCCCGUUAUGUUAUAACAAGAACAGAAUUCUUCAUCAAUUGUGUCGUAAAAUCGUGUGUAAUGUGUGUCUAUGUAACUUCACAGGUGAUGUUUCAGGUCUCUUUCAAUCCAAAGCAAUAUCUCAAUUAAUUUCUUUGUUGUAUGAUUUGAAAAUUUUGAUUUAAAAUGUGUAUCAACAAAUCAAUUUUAUAACAGCUGUCUGUUGCCUAUCAUUAUUUUGCCUGUCUAUGCAUUUGAUACCCCGGAGGAGAAUCUAUUGGGUGGGUUCGUCUGUGAUGUGAAGUAAAGUUAAAAAUUCAGGAUGAAAUAAUUUAUGGUAGUCUUCUGAUAUUUCAGUUUGCUUUCUGUAUGUAGAAAACCCCGGUAUUUCAUUGUAUUGUGUUUGCUUUUAAAGCUUGAACAAAAUCAAUUAUACUUUACGCUAUGCAUCUUAUAUUCAGAUUUCUUUUCCAAGUAAAUAGGCCAAAAACAGAGGGACAGCAAGUCUUAAGUUUAUGUACAAGGAGUAGAAAUAUGUAAAUUUUUAAAGAUUUUUUUAUUUUAAUGUUUAUAUUAUAUCUUUUGUUAGGAAAUAAUGUAAAACUAGACUGUCAGUCAAACCUUGUUAUACUGUCACCAUUUCAAAAAAGAAAAGGCAUUAUAGUGGGGUUUGGAGAUAUUUAGAUGGGGAUAUAUAGGGACCAUGAAUUAUUUUAGCAGUAAGGGAGGUAGCAAAUGAAAUGAGUGGCACUAUAUCGAAGUUUUACUGUUGGUAGUCUUGUCCUUGAGCCGUUUUUGUCCGUUUUCCUCCUGAACAACUAUGACUUUCUGUGACCUGUGCGAUACUGUCCUCACAUGAGUGUGGAUACGAGCUCCGCUCUCUCUGUCCCCUCCCCCGUUUGUUCCAUGUAUUGCUAUCUACAUUAUGCAUGUGUACAUGCACAUGUGUGGGUAUAUGAGCCCCUGUCUAUCCCCAGCCCAGUUUGUUUUAAUUAUGUAUACUAUGAUCAAUAUCAACUUUUAGCAUGUGUAUGUGGACUUUGUACAUGUUAUAUGUGAAAGGUUCAGUUUUGACUACCUCAGUUUGAAAGUUUUGUAAAUUUUGGCCAUCAGAAUUCAGCUUCAUAUUUAUUAUUGUAAAAAGUUCAUGAACCACUAAUCUUCUUUCUGCUCCCAAUCCCAUCAUUAAGAUCCCUCAACUCCCCUUCCACAUCCUCUCUUCCUUCCAUAUUUCACCAACCCUCUCCUCUUUCCACCCCCCUGUUAAUUCCCUUGCCACGCCCUUGUUAAUUCCCUUUCCACGCCCCUGUUAAUUCCCUUUCCACGCCCUUGUUAAUUCCCUUUCCACGCCCUUGUUAAUUCCCUUUCCACGCCCUUGUUAAUUCCCUUUCCAUCGCCCUUUUCAGCCAGUUCUCCUAUGUACACUCAUACUGUAGCUGAUGUAGUGUCCCUUUUCCCUAUUAAUUCUCACCAGAACAUGGGCCUGGUACAUGGUAUGUCUGUAUGGGUGAAUUUCACAUGAUUUUGAGGGAUCAUGAGGCAAUAAGCAGAUUAGAACAAAUAACUAGUACUUACUUUUCUGAACAAUUUAUCCAAACUCUCCCCCCCCCCCCCCCUUUCCUCUUAAGCUCCCCUUAUCCACACUCCCAUACCGACCUCCAAACCUUCCUUCUACCCCCACCCACCCCUGCCCCGCCCUGGCCUCAUUCCUUUCUGUGAAUGUUUCGUCAUAAUCACUUACCUUGGGCUGCUCAUGUGUCAAAACAAAUAUACCAUCACAUCUAACAUAUGUUUUAACUGGACAGCCGACACCUGGUCUUAGAUGUCUACACCAAGGUGUAACGCUGUGCAAUGUGUUUUAUAUAGAGAUCUGUGUGCAGUGAACCGGUUGUUAGUGUAGAUACCUUGGGUCCACCAGUGUCUCCAGUAGCAAUUCACAAAACUCUGAGAGGGAAAUAUCUCCCUUGGGGAAAGUGAGCUCCAGACAGAAGUUUUCUGUACUGAUAACCUGGACUACAGGUUAUGUUUUAGUGAUAUAGUACAUUAGAAAUAUAUGAAUAUCUUAAAAUUUAUAGUGCUAUUAUGAAAUUCUUAAAAAGUUUUCAUAUUCUGUAAUUAUAGAAUAUGAUAUAUUUUGUAUAGGAUGUGAAGAUAGAUUAUAUAAGAGGAAAGCAAAUGUGUUGUUUCUAGAAAUUUUAUUUAUGAAUUUCAAAAUAUUUCAAAAGGUCUCUGAUGAAAUAAAGAAAUGAAGUUGAUCCUAUUCUAAUUUGUUGGUAAAAUUAUUAGAGCUAUGAAAUGUAUAUUUAAGAUUAUAUACAUUAAGAUAAAUUAUACCUUUACAUCAUUGAAUAGAAAAUAUUAUUUAAUGUCCAUUUCAAAUUAGGGACCAUAGCUGCUAAUUACCUGUAUUUUUUGUUGAAGUCUUCAAACUCUUGAUCUUUUACAAUUACAAAAUUAUUUGUAGAGUUGUUUCCCCUUAGCAUUUAAUGCUAUUCGGGUGUAAUGUUUAUUUCAAAUUGAUUUUGUGCUCUUUUACCUGUUUUAAUUUCAGGGGCUCACCGUUGGCCAAUAUCAUGAUAAUCCAUUAUGGUACCCCCAUUUAUCAUUUUCAUUGAAGUUUCAUUUUCACCCAAAGUUGUCAAAAUUCAAUAAAAUAUUAACCAUGAUGAGAGGAUAAGGGCAAGUAGUCUUACCAAAUCUUGUACAAGGCUGCUCUCCCCUUCUUCCCUAUAGUUUGUUCCAAAAUUGUUGUAACAUUUUAUAUGUUGUACCAGUUGGUGCAUUUUUGCAUCAAAAAUAUUUUGUAAUAAAAUAUGAAAUAUGA